CCGUGCUGGCCGAUGCUGCAGCCUUGCUGAAACUUCAUAAGUCAUCUUGAAAUUAACAUCAUCCCUCAAAAGUCCCAGCCUCCAGCUUCACUUCGUCGCAGAUCUUCCAAGAUGGUUGGCUUUCAAGAGAUUGUGGUGGCAGCACUGUCCUGUAUAACCGCGCCAAUCAUUCUUCUGUGUAUCUAUCGAUUAACGCUCCACCCAUACGCUAAGUAUCCUGGACCUAUUCUUGCAAAGUUGACGUCUCUCCGAGCUGUCCACUAUGCGCACACCGGUAACAUGCACCUGGACAUUGAAAGAUGUCACCAGAAAUAUGGUAAAUUCGUUCGCUAUCGACCAAAUGCAAUCAUCGUAAACUCGCCAGAUGGGUAUCAAGAUAUUUACGGUAAUGGGAAAAAAGUCAAGAAGGCCAGAUCAUACAAGGUCCAUGGGAUGACGAAUCUCAUCGGAAUUCAAGACAAGAAAGAGUACACCAAACAAAAGAAGAUAAUGCAGCCAGGCUUCUCAGAUUCUGCAAAUCGAGAACACGAGCCAAAGCUGAUCCGGGAAAUCGACACGUUCAUCGAGAAAAUCUCAGAGAAUGAAACGUCUGAGAAGGCUACUGAUGGGUGGUCUAAUCCUAAAAACAUGACGCUAUGGUGUAACUACCUCACUACCGAUGUCGUCAGUAACGUCAUCUUCACCACAUCGUGGGACCUCCUCACGUCAACUACAAAUCAUGGCAUCACAGAGACCUUCAAGACAAUCGUCCGCCUCAUUGGUGUUCUCCACCAAUGGCCCAUUCUCGACUACUACGAGCUUAGCACAAUACUUUUCCUUCCGCAUCUAGCAUGGAGUCCUUCAUCCCUGAGGAAGUUCUCGCUCUCUGUUGUAGCAUGUAGAUACGACAUGGGCGAGAAAGAUACGUCAAUUAAAGACGUCUUUGGACUGUUCAGCUCGGCCAAAGAUCCGGAUACAGGAGAGUCGGCUCUGGCGCCUUUGGAUGUGAGGAGAAACGCUGCGAAUUUCAUCAUUGCCGGCUCCGAUACAACCGCUAGCUCUAUCGCAGCAACGUUCUUCUACUUGGCGCGUAACCCAACUGCAUACUCCAAAGUAGCUCAAGAAGUCCGCUCAAUUUUCCACUCAGCUUCUGAUAUCCGUGCGGGGCCCGCUCUCAAUCAUUGCGUCUAUCUCCGUGCAGCAAUAAAUGAGUCGCUUCGCAUGGCCCCUGUUGCCGCGCAACCUCUGUGGCGUGAAGUUGACCCGGGCGGAUGCAUGGUCGAUGGGGAAACAAUUCCUGGAGGUUUAAACGUCGGGGCAUCAAUCUUCUCUCUUCACCACUUGUCUGACGCUUUCCCUGAUCCUUAUAAAUGGGACUUCGAGCGUUGGAUUGUUAAUCCCAAGAAAGAUGAAGAAGCGGAAAAGGAAAGGAUCAAGGAGAUGUCGAGGAGCUUUGCGCCAUUCUCGGUGGGCCCGAGACAGUGUAUUGCGAAAAACUUUGCGUUGAUGGAGUUGAUGCUUACGAUGGCGAGUGUGUUCUAUAGACUGGAUUUUGAGAGCGCGGGGAAGCUGGGUGAGGGGAAGAAGGGUACCGGAUGGGGUCGUGAAAGGGAGGAGGAGUUCCAGUUCAAGAGCUAUUUCACAAGUUAUAUGGUUGGACCAAUGAUUAGAUUUAGGAGGAGGGAAAUUUGAAGAAAGUGUUUUGAUAGGGAAUUUGGAGGGUAGUUGGAUGGAAGGAGUGCUGAAUAAACGGGUGGGCAAUCGUUGAUUUUUGUCAAUCUAAAGCAGACGUUUGGUUAAGCGAAGCCGUGUGUUUUUGAUGAUACCUCGGCCUCGACAUCUCGGUUGCAACAUAAUCGACAAAUCAACCGUCCGGGUACGAAGGAGCACAUUUUAACAGGCGCACGCUGCCUUUACUUAUCUCGCUUUAACAUCAAGGUUAAAUUUCAGAAUAAUGGAGAACUGCAAGCAAACGGG